AUGAAUGUGAAAAACGCAAGGCAUGCCUUAAAGGCUCGGAGAGCUUACUUCACAUCUUCAAUUCCACUAGUGUCUUCUUGGAGUAUUCCAGUUCUCUUAGCAGUACUGUUUGGAUGGCUCUGGUAUUUAUCGAUCCAUCUCCGGCAUGCAUCAAGGGCCAAGCAACAAAGUGAUGAUCGUCGUCGACUACCGCCGGGUCCUCGGGGGCUUCCAGUUCUAGGCAAUCUUCUCAUGUUGGGUGAUCUCCCUCACCGUACCCUCCAUCAAAUGGCCCAGAAGUAUGGACCCAUCAUGUACAUCAGGCUUGGCCUGGUACCAACUAUGGUGGUGUCAUCUUCUCAGGCAGCUGAGUUAUUCCUCAAGACCCAUGACAUCGUCUUUGCAGGUAGACCUUACAGUAUGGGUACCCAGUAUAUAUCUUAUGGGAACAAAGGCCUAGCUUUCUCACAAUAUGGCACAUAUUGGCGCAACAUGAAAAAGCUGCUCGCCAAAGAACUGCUAAGUGCAGCAAAGGUUGAUUCAUUCAAGAAGAAGAGAAGGGAGGAGAUGGGCCUCUUUGUUAGAUCUCUUAGGGAGGCUGCCGAAGCUGGUGCAGUGGUUGAUAUGAGUGCCAAGGUGGGAUCGCUGAUUGAGAAUAUGAUCUUCCCGAUGCUGAUUGGUAACCAGGUUGAUAAUGUCCACCUAAAAUCAGUUUUUGAGGAAUUCCUCAAGCUUCUUGGGGCUUUUAACUUGGCUGAUUUCAUUCCCUAUAUCGGAAAACUUGACCUUCAGGGACUCGGCCGUCGCAUGAAGGAAGUUAGCAAAGUCUUUGAUGAGGUUUUGGAGAAGAUCAUUGAUGAGCACAUAAACAAUCCUAAAGACAGUGAAGAUAACCAGAAGGACUUCAUUGAUGUGAUGCUAUCUUUGAUGGUGGAUUCAAAACAUAAGAAUAUUGUAGAACAAGACCAAGGCUACAUGAUCGAUCGGACUAGUAUAAAAGCAAUUAUUUUAGAUAUGAUUGUGGCUGCAACAGACACAACUUCUGUCACAGCUGAAUGGACCCUUUCUGAACUCUUAAGGCAUCCUAAGGUGAUGAAAAGGCUUCAGGAAGAGUUGAUGAAUAAAGUUGGCAUAGAUCGACAAGUGGAGGAAGAUGAUUUAGUUAAGCUAGAGUACUUGGACAUGGUGGUGAAGGAAACCAUGAGGCUUCACCCUGUUGCUCCAUUCCUAUUGCCCCAUGAGUCUUUGGAAGACAUAACAAUCAAUGGAUACCAUAUACCAAAGAAGUCUCGUGUGAUUAUAAAUGCAUGGGCAAUUCAAAGGGACCCUAAUGUGUGGUCAACUUAUGAUAAUGCUGAAAAAUUCUUGCCUGAAAGAUUUAUAGGAACUGAUAUUGAUAUCAAAGGACGUGACUUCCAACUUAUCCCAUUUGGAUCAGGUCGUAGAGGAUGUUCUGGUAUAUAUCUGGGCCUAACAAUCGUGAAACUAGUACUUGGACAAUUGGUUCAUGGUUUCGGUAUGGAGUUACCCAAUGGCUUAUCACCUGAGGACUUGGACAUGACUGAGAAGUUUAGCUUAGUUGUUCCAAGAGCCAAUCAUCUACUUAUUGUUCCAAUGUUACGUGUAUGAGUGUUUGGCUUGCAUGUUGUACCGAAGUAUCCCAAGUAACUAUUGUGUAGUUAAUUAGUUAGUUGUUUGACUUAUGUGUGAUGGAGAGCUAUAAUAAAAGUUGUAUUGGUACUUGGUAG